UUCGACUUCGAACAUGUUUUGUGUCAGUGCAGCCGCUUCUCUUCAUGUUUUGAUUUCUUAUUUUUGAUUUCUUAUUGGUUGGGUUGUUGGUGAAAGGAAUCGACUCUUCAUGUUUUGAUUUCUUAUUGGUUGGGACCGUUGGGUUGUUGGUGAAAGGAACCAAUAAUAUUUUGGUGUAGGCCACGUAAAUUUAAGGAGUUUAUAAUUAUGGGAUUAGACAUCUGAAUGCUGGGAUUUAGAUAGUAUAUGUAAUUUAGAUAGUAUACGUAAUUAUGUAAAUUUAAGGAGUUUCAAUUUCUUAAUGUAACAUUAGAUCAGGGGAGAUUGUUUAGUUUUAAAUAGAUUAUGGUGUUCUUAUUAUUUUGGAUUGUUUAGUUUUAAAUGGAUUAUGGUGUGUUUUUUGUUUAAAUGAUUCUUGAAACUUUAGGCAAUUGUUAUGAUUUUUAUUUUAUUGUUUAAUUAGCUUAUAAUUUAUUUUAGAAAAUAAAAUGAUAUGGAUCUGGGUCUGGACCCGAGACCCUGUGGAUCUUAUGGAUCUGGGUCUGGAUCCCAUUUUUUUUGAUCCAAUGGAUCUGGACCGGAUCUGGAUCUAAGUAAAAAAACAUGGAUCUGGAUCUGGACCAAGCAGGAUCCGGUCCAGAUCCGGCCCAUUGCCAUCUCUACUUAUGCAUCGGCAACGCACAUUGCGGCUGCAAAAACAAAAUCUUGUAUUUUUGUUGAAGAUUAAUUUAAUUGAAAGUUAGAGAGAUGAGUUUUAUCAAUUUGUCAAUAGGCAAUAGCCAACCCAAGUCACCCAACACCUUUUAUCUCCCUCUAGCUUCUUGCUUCUCUCUCUCUUCCGUUUUCCUUUUCACAGAAUCCUUGACCAGUAAGUAAACUGCUCUGGAGAGAUUCUCUGUGCAUCAGCCGAUAAAAAUUGAAUCUGGGAACGUGAUUGAUGCAGAUUGUGGCUUAACAUGGAGGGCUUGGGGGAUGCAAAUGCUAGAUGUUUAUCAACAAGUUUUCCCCAGCUGUGGAGUCAAUGGCAGCUAUUAGAUUCUAUACUUCCUACUGGGGGCUUUGCUCAUUCUUUUGGUCUCGAGGCAGCUAUGCAAGCUCGCCUGGUCACUACAACCGAUGAACUAAAAACAUACGUGAUCCAUGUAUUGGAGAAUGUAGGAAGCCUACUUCUACCUUUCAUCUGUGCCACAACAAUGUCACCAGAUGCACAGACAUGGCAUAGUCUUGACAGAUUGUUGAAUGCCAUGCUGACAAAUGAGGUUGGCCGUAAGGCAUCGACGGCUCAAGGAUCAGCACUAAUGAGGGUAGCUGCUUCUGUUUUCUCUGAGAUCCCUUGUCUGAAAAUGAUGAGAGGCGAAGCUUUGGGCAGUGGGGACGUCUACUUCCAUCACGCACCAGUGUUUGGGCUCGUAUGCGGACUUCUUGGAUUUGAUCCCGAGACUACACAGAAAGCCUACAUGUUUGUGACCAUGAGGGACAUCAUAUCUGCUGCGACGAGACUAAAUCUGCUGGGACCGUUGGGUGCAGCUGUGUUGCAGCAUCAGGUUGCUCCAGUUGCUGAGAGCUUGUCAACCAAGUGGAUGAAUCGAGGCGUGGACGAGGCGUGCCAGACGUGCCCAUUGCUUGAUACUGUUCAGGGCUGUCACAGCUACUUGUUUUCCAGACUUUUUUGCUCUUGAAUGGUGAAAAUGAAAGUGGGCUGGUAUGGUUAACAAUUUUUGCAGCCUGUUUGUGCAGAUUUUGAGGUCCUUUAUAAAUUAGGCAUAUUGAUUUGAGGUUCGAAAUGGCAAGUUCAAUCAUAUUUAUAUUAAUUAUCAUUGUUUUUCAGAAGCUUAAUUGAUAUCUCCAGCAAAAACUGUUGAUAUUGGCGUGAUA